UUCAGGUUCACAUCAAGAACAGAGACCUGAUCCCCUUGUGCACGAAACUUGUGUCGUCUCCUAAUCAUGCAUCAGAAAUCCAUCGUGGGCAGCUUGGCGGGUUUUCUACUGACUUAUAGUCUCCUGGUGUCCUUAUGCAAUGGUGUCUGUUAUAACAGAGAAGCAAGACUAUCAAGUCCAGGUGAAAAACCUGAUGGGUGCAUGGAUGGAGACAUCAAAAGAGCUGUAAAUUCAACAUGGUUUAAAGAAGAAUGCAUGAAAUGCACUUGUGAUUCAAAUGGCGAGGUUGACUGCUGCAGCAGGACGCUGAAACCACUCGUGAGAGACCAGGCUUGUGAAGUCGUUCUAAAUCGAACUUCUUGCACAUACGUUAUCAGGCGAAAAGAUAACUCUCGUGAACCUUGUGAAAGCUGGGCUUUAAUGUGACGGGAGCACUCAUGUGACACGGCAAAGAGAAGGGACGGAAAGGAGAAUCCAUUGGACUUUUGUACAUAUGCAUUUGUAAUAAAUGUGAUAUAUUACACAUUGAUCAGUGCAUCAUUGUAUGUAACUUCAUUGGCACUGUACAUGUGAAGUGCAACUUAUGGGUGGGUUCGCGCAUAGGAUUUUGUGGCAGUUCUGUAGCAGAAGUAGAUCCAGCAGGAAAAAGCAUUGUUCCUUUAUAUUUUUUUCAUUUUCUUCCAACCCACUUCUUUCUAUUAUGGCUCCUAAAAUUGCCACACAAACCUACAUGUGAAGCCAUAGUGAUUGUGAUAGUAAUAUAGGUUACAAGUUGACCAAAACUGUGUGCACCCUUUAUAAUAAAUGCUCCACAUUCUGUAAAACUGUACAUAAGCAGCUGUAGAG